AAAAUGCUUUAGCAUUUGACCCUCACAUCCUUUAUUUGGAGGGUGAUAAAGAAUCUUUGGAAUUAUUGUGUAUCAAUGAGUCCAUUCUGAAGCGUCAUUUGUCUCAAUACCUUCAAAAUGUCAGUUCAUCAAGGGGGCAGUGUGCGCAGCAUCCGACCAUAUAAAUCCAGUGAACAGUACCUGUAUGCCAUGAAAGAGGACUUGGCUGAGUGGUUGAAGGAUCUGUACAAUCUGGAUAUAACAGUUGAAAACUUUAUUGAAGUCCUGGAGACUGGAACUUUACUUUGUUAUCAUGCCAACAAUGUAACUGAGGCAGCAGGUGGAUUUUCUACAGAAUAUCCUGACUUGGCCAAAAAACUUUGGCUUCCAAAAUCUGGAGUGACGUUCAAUGCAUCAGCCCAACAUGGAACAUUUUUGGCAAGGGAUAAUGUUUCCAACUUCAUCCAAUGGUGCCGGAAGGAGAUGGUCAUUAAAGAUGUCGUCAUGUUUGAAACAGAAGAUCUAGUUCUGCGGAAGAAUGAAAAAAAUUUCAUCCUGUGUCUGCUAGAAUUGGCUCGACGGGCAUCUCGCUUUGGUAUGAGUGCCCCAAUGCUCAUCCAGAUGGAGGAGCAAAUUGAGGAAGAAAUUCGUGAGGAGCUAGAACUGCCACCAGUGGAGAUACCGCUCCCUAAACCUCCAAGCCAAAGAAAGCUUUGUGACUUUAAAAAUUUGGACCAAAUGGUGCAGCAUUUGGUAAGCAGAUGUACAUGUCCAGUGCAGUUCUGUAUGGUUAAAGUCUCGGAAGGAAAAUACAGGGUGGGGGAAUCCAGCACUCUUAUCUUUGUUAGGAUUCUACGCAACCAUGUGAUGGUCAGAGUUGGAGGUGGCUGGGACACACUGGAACAUUAUUUGGAUAAACAUGACCCCUGCCGCUGCACGUCUCUCUCUCACAAACAAGUUUCCAAAUCUGUCAGUCACCAGAAGCCACUACAAGCAACCCAUGAAAUAAAGGCUCGCUUAACACCUAGAUUGGAUAAUCCCAAUAAAAUGCAAACUACAUUGAUAGUAAGCAGGUCUCAGAGUCCACUGCCCCCAGUGGAUUGGAAGACAUACACAUCCAACAGCAAUAGAACCUACUCCUUGUCAUCCAAUUCCCCUGAUGGUGCAGAUAAGAAUGCUGUGUAUAGAACCCCUCCGGGGCAUUCUGAUCUCAAAAGGAGCUUUGUUUUCAGAGGGAAUGAACGACCAGCUACACCAUCCAGGAGACAACUGUUUGGGGAAGACUGUCAAACUAGUCAACAGUCCCACCCUAACCAUGAAAGGAAUAAUUUCUCAUCCUCCUCUACAGUAUCCCACUUCACUGGAAGUGAAGAUGCUAACUCAAAUUCUUCAGAUGUCUUUAUGGAGAAUCAUACAGGAAGAAGAGAAGUUGGAAAGAGUCCUGCACCUGGUACCAAAGAGUUAUUAAUGAAAGAUAUACAUCAAACUCACACACACAAUGCUUAUUUAAAAGCACAAACUGUAACAGAAACAGACAACAUUCAAAGGGAAACAAGACCUAAAACUCCUUCUCGUUUUUUACGACCACCUAGCCCUUCCAAGUAUCUGCUCUACAAUCAGCAAAGUACAAUAUCUGAAAAACAGCCUAAGAAUUCUUUAGACACAACAAUGCGAUCAUGUACUCCAACUAAACACCUCAGCACACGCUGUUUAUCUCCAUCAAAAGAGCAUAACACACGUUCUUCAUCUCCAACAAAACAGCUUAGCAUGCGAGCUUCAUCACCAACUAAACAAUCAAACAUCCGGGCUUCUUCUCCAACUAAACUAUUUAGUCAGCCAAUAAAACAAGAAUGUAAUGGUGUUAAACCACUGUCUACUUUUAACAGACCAUCUACUCCUAGUAGGGCCUACCAUGGUGACUCUGAGUACCGAGGGAGAAGCAGAUCAAUAGGGAAUGAUCUCAAUACUCCGCAAAAUAAAUUUACACCAACAAGAAGUGUUCCUGAUCAUAGUGUACAAAGUAAAAAUAUAAGAAUUGGAAGAAGUACACCAACAAUGCAACUCAACAGAAAUGGUACGGCCAUAAAGGACAAUAGCUUUGCUAUGAAAACACAGCACAAGCAUGCCAGUUCUUUGGAAGCAUCAAUUUUGUCUGAUAAUUUUGAAGCUGGUUAUAGAUAUACACCAUUGCCAAUUGGUCCAGAUCAAGAGCAAGAGUUGUAUCAGAGUCUGGAAGACGAAAUCCUAUCAAACAUCAAAGUUCUGGAAGGAGAUUCGGAUGAAAAUAGCAACCGUGAAAACAAGUGUAAUAACUUUACAGCUAGCAUUGCAAGUGACGUUGCUGUUCAUGACUUUGACAUGAAAAGGAAAUCAGUAUCCGCUUUGUCCUCAGUUCGAAACACGCUAAAGACACCUGAUGGAGAAGUAGAAGUACCCAGAAGUGGUGUUUAUAUAAACACCAAAUGGCCAGCAGGAGGAGGGAAUUAUGACGAUGUCAUUACAGAACUGGCAAAGGGUCCAGUAAAGCUCAAUAGAGUAGAUGUGGAAAACUGGAUUUCAAAAAUACCUCCAAAAGCUGGAAUAGGGGCCGAUACAAAAGAAAAAGAUCUACUUCUACAGCCUGUAGAAUUACAAGAAAAGAGUACAAUAAUGCCAGAAAUACAAAAAAAUCAUACAAAGAAAAUAUUUGUUGAGAGCACGAGUAACAAAAUUCAGCUGCCAUCUCAAAGACUGAGACAGCAAGCAAUGGAAACUAAAAAGAAAACUUUACAGGCUACAGAUGACAACUGUAAUUCAUCAGUUUCAAAUAUUAAUAAAGAAGAUGGUCGAGAACAGUCCAAGUUACCACAAUCAUCCAAGCCAAAAAGAGGCUUGAAGAAACCAGAAAGAGUACCAUCAAUUUAUAAACUGAAACUAAAGCCAAAAAUACGUCCACGAAAAGAUAACAGACCAGAAAAGAAGCCAUCCAAAAUUCCAACACCAAUCUCAUAUCGACAAGGACAAAGCAAAGCAAAAAGAAAAAAAAAUUCUACUCAACCUUCAGGCGUCCGAAGUCGGACAGAGUCACAGUGUACAGCUGGUAGUACAGGAGACUUAGAUACUGAUGAAGGAACAUGGUCCUCAGAAUUCUCCUUAACUUUGGAAAAUUCAAAUUCUCAGAAGAAAGAAACAAAUAACAAAGAGACUGAAGAAAAUAAAGAACAUGAGGAAAAUGGAGGAAAAGAAGGCGUAGGAGAAGAUGAUGAUAAUGAAGAAGAAGAGACAUGGGUUUAA